AGCGCGCGAGGAGGCGGGGGAGGAGAGGCCACCGGGACCGCGAGCGGCAGCUGAGGAGGGGGCCGCGGAGCCGGAGCGCGAGCAAAACAGCUGAUCUGGUUUUCCUUUAAAGCGAGAGAAAAUGGAAGUCGGGUAGCUGCGACUGCGGCGCGGCGGGCUGGCGGAGCGGAGCGGCGCGGCCGUCAGAGUUCUCAGGCACUGUGGUCUCACCUUCUACUGGGCAACAAUGGGCCAUUUCCAGCAGCGACGAUGCAGCAUUGGCCUGCAUGCCUGACUGUCACACACCUCCAGAAUCAGGUGUCUGAAAAGUGGCAGUGACAAAAGAAGACACUCUCCAGGCCGAGGCCCUGGUGCAUGGCGAGAAGGAAGAAAUCAAUUUCCUAAUUGGUACCAUAUACAUCAGAUGGAUGGUUUCUAGUGUGCUUCCAAACCCCACCUCGGCUGAGUGUUGGGCAGCACUUCUACAUGAUCCUAUGACUCUUGAUAUGGACGCAGUCCUGUCAGACUUUGUUCGGUCCACGGGGGCAGAACCUGGUCUGGCCAGAGACCUGCUGGAAGGCAAAAACUGGGACUUGACAGCCGCUCUGAGCGACUAUGAGCAGCUCCGCCAGGUGCACACAGCCAAUCUGCCGCAUGUGUUCAAUGAAGGGAGGGGUCCCAAGCAGCCAGAGCGAGAGCCACAGCCUGGACACAAGGUGGAGCGGCCCUGCCUGCAGAGGCAGGACGACAUUGCCCAAGAAAAGCGACUUUCCCGGGGGAUUUCCCAUGCCAGCUCAGCCAUCGUCUCCCUGGCCCGGUCCCACGUGGCAAGUGAAUGCAACAACGAGCAGUUCCCCCUGGAGAUGCCAAUCUACACAUUCCAGUUGCCAGACCUGAGCGUGUACAGUGAGGAUUUCAGGAGCUUCAUCGAGCGAGACUUGAUCGAGCAGGCAACGAUGGUGGCUUUGGAGCAGGCUGGUCGCCUGAACUGGUGGUCCACUGUGUGCACGAGCUGUAAACGGCUUCUUCCUCUGGCCACGACAGGGGAUGGGAACUGCCUUUUACAUGCCGCCUCACUGGGAAUGUGGGGGUUUCAUGACCGGGACCUGGUGUUACGGAAAGCUCUCUACACCAUGAUGAGGACGGGAGCUGAGAGGGAAGCCCUAAAGCGGAGGUGGAGGUGGCAGCAGACGCAGCAGAAUAAGGAGUCAGGGCUGGUGUACACGGAGGAGGAGUGGGAGCGGGAGUGGACGGAGCUGCUGAAGCUGGCCUCCAGCGAGCCGCGCACGCACUUCAGCAAGAACGGCGGCACGGGAGGGGGUGUGGACAACUCUGAGGACCCCGUGUACGAGAGCCUGGAAGAGUUCCAUGUGUUUGUCCUCGCCCAUAUAUUAAGAAGACCCAUUGUUGUUGUGGCAGAUACAAUGUUAAGAGACUCAGGUGGAGAAGCGUUCGCACCCAUCCCAUUCGGAGGGAUCUACCUGCCCUUGGAGGUCCCUCCCAACAGAUGUCACUGCUCGCCUCUGGUUCUGGCCUAUGAUCAAGCGCAUUUCUCUGCCCUUGUGUCCAUGGAACAGAGAGACCAGCAAAGAGAACAAGCCGUGAUCCCCCUGACGGAUUCUGAGCACAAGCUGCUGCCUUUGCACUUUGCAGUGGAUCCUGGCAAGGACUGGGAGUGGGGGAAAGACGACAACGAUAACGCUCGGCUGGCCCACCUUAUCCUCUCACUAGAAGCCAAGCUGAAUCUUCUGCACAGCUACAUGAAUGUGACUUGGAUCCGGAUCCCCUCCGAGACACGGGCACCCCUGGCACAGCCGGAGUCUCCCACGGCCUCGGCAGGGGAGGAUGUGCAGUCCCUGGCCGACUCGCUGGACUCAGACCGCGACUCGGUGUGCAGCAAUUCCAACAGCAAUAACGGCAAGAACGGCAAAGACAAGGAGAAGGAGAAGCAGCGCAAGGAGAAGGACAAGACGCGUGCGGACUCCGUGGCCAACAAGCUGGGCAGCUUCAGCAAGACGCUGGGCAUCAAGCUGAAGAAAAACAUGGGCGGCCUCGGCGGCCUGGUGCACGGCAAGAUGGGCCGCGCCAACUCUGCCAACGGCAAGAAUGGGGACGCGGCCGAGCGCGGCAAGGAGAAGAAGGCCAAGUCGCGCAAGGGCAGCAAGGAGGAGUCGGGCGCGUCGGCCAGCACGCCGCCGUCGGAGAAGACCACGCCGUCGCCCACGGACAGGGCGGGCGCGUCGCCGGCGGAGAAGGGCGGCGGGCCGCGGGGCGACGCCUGGAAGUACAGCACUGACGUGAAGCUGAGCCUCAACAUCCUGCGCGCCGCCAUGCAGGGCGAGCGCAAGUUCAUCUUCGCCGGCCUGCUGCUCACCAGCCACCGGCACCAGUUCCACGAGGAGAUGAUCGGCUACUACCUGACCAGCGCGCAGGAGCGCUUCAGCGCCGAGCAGGAGCAGCGGCGCCGGGACGCCGCCGCCGCCGCCGCCGCCUCCACCUCCACCGCCAAGCGGCCGCCGCGCAGACCGGAGGCGGAGGGCGCGCCGGGCCCGGAGCGCGCGUCCCCGGGCCCGCCCACGCAGCUGGUGCUCAAACUCAAGGAGCGGCCGAGCCCCGGGCCCGCGGCGGGGCGGGCGGCGCGGGCGGCGGCGGGCGGCACGGCCUCCCCGGGAGGCGGCGUGCGGCGCGCGGGCAACGGCGGACACGUGCCGGGCCGCAGCCCCCCGGCGCCUGCGCGCCAGAGCGUCAUCCACGUGCAGGCGGCGGGCGCACGGGACGAGGCGUGCGCGCCGGCCGUGGGGGCGCUGCGGCCGUGCGCCACGUACCCGCAGCAGAACCGCUCGCUGUCGUCGCAGAGCUACAGCCCGGCGCGCGCCGCCGCCCUGCGCACCGUCAACACGGUCGAGUCGCUGGCGCGCGCGGUGCCCGGGUCCCUACCGGGCGCGGCGGGGGCGGCGGGCGCGGCCGAGCACAAGUCGCAGACCUACACCAACGGCUUCGGCGCCGCGCGCGACGGCCUGGAGUUCGCCGACGCCGACGCGCCGGCGUCGCGCUCGAACGGUGAGUGCGGCCGGGGCAGCCCGGGGCCGGCGCAGCGGCGCUGCCAGCGCGAGAACUGCGCGUUCUACGGGCGGGCGGAGACCGAGCACUACUGCUCCUAUUGCUACCGCGAGGAGCUGCGGCGGCGGCGCGAGGCGCGCGGGGCCCGGCCGUGAGGGCGCGGCGCGGGCGGCGAGGUUCUCCCUUCGAGGAUUUCUUUUCCAUUCUGUCGGUGUCUUUUUUACAUGCCCUGGUCCACCGGAAGGCCGGCGCCUCCUCGGUCAGUGCCGUGUACGUGUUUGGUCAAACUUUCCUAAUGGUGCCUGAACCUACACUGACGCCACUCAGGUAGUAGACGGAUAGGAAACAAGUCAUACUGUUGGAAGUGGGUGUGCUAGCCUAGCAUCUGCCUCGUACCUGUGGAAACUCAAUAGCCAUUGCAAGAGUAUUUUUGUUCCUCAAUAAGAGAAAUAAAGAAAUUCGCAGCCCUUUGUUUUUAGAAGGGAGUGUUUUA